AUGGGGCGCGCAACAAGGAUAAACGCAGAGUAUGGCGAGAAGGUUGCUGUAGGAGACGAUUCGAUACCCCAUGACGGCCCGCAGCCGUACAAUUCGGAGGAGGAUUCCGACUUUGACGAGCAUAGCGUAGCUCAAGGGGUGUCAGACGAGGGCGAAAGCGCGUCAGAAGAUGAAGAAAACGACAAAGAUGUGGAUGGAGAGCGGCCGCGGAAAAAGAGAAAACUGUCUGUCGAACGGCAAGAGGCAGAGGCAGACAGUGACGAAGAAUUUGCGGAGGCGGAGCUGGAGUCUGGAGAUGAGGCUAUGAUCAAGCAUGCAAAGGAGAAGGCGGAGAAGAGACGGAGGAAGAAGGCCGCAGAUGACACAGCAAACACUGCUGUAGGCAGUAGCGGUGAUGAUCUCGACCUGGACGACGAUGAUGAGGGGGGUGAGGGGGGUUUCGUUCGAACUCGAGGCAUGCGGAUGAAAGUGCAAGAGGAGAAGAAAUCACUGGCAAGGAUAGAUGGAGCUACGAUUGACGUCGACUCGAUAUGGAAGCAGAUGAACAAGCCGCAGACAGUACCGUUGACGGACAACGAAACAGGCACGGAGAGCGCAGUGACUGGUCCGCAAACCCCGCAGAAUGCCUCCUCUUCUAAACUCCCGCAGGAGGAGAUGUUAACUAUACGACGAACGUAUAAGUUCGCUGGGGAAACGAUAACGGAGGAAAAAGUGGUUCCAAAGGAUUCGGCGGAGGCGAAGCUCUAUCUCUCUACGUCAGGUGCGGCGAGGAAAAAGGCAAAAGGUGGUGCUGGUACAAGCACAGAUGGAGGUACAGACUCCCCCCCGGACGAGACGGUGGUACAGCCCCUACGGCGGCCUCUCCGGCGCUUCUCCCGCUUCGAUCCAAACCCACCGGACGCCAUCAAGAAGAGCUGGGAGAAACAGGCGGCCGUACAGGCUCCGGAAGACGCAGGGGCCACGGCCAAAGGUCCCAAGCUGAACACCGUCAUGAAGUCGAAACUCGACUGGGCAGCAUAUGUCGACCGAGAGGGCAUAAAGGACGACCUGGACGUGCACAGCAAGGCCAAGGAGGGCUAUAUGGAUCGUAUGGACUUCUUGGGGCGCGUGGAUGCAAAGAGAGAGGAAGAGAGAAGGAAUGCCAGACUGAAGAAUGCUGGGUACUAA